AUGAAGGAAUUAAUUGUGCAAUUUCUGAAGGAACAACCACGAGACAAUGAUCUCCAACUGAAAGUGGACGACAUGGUAAUCCUAAACGAGAAAGAGUACUUUGUGGAUCACAAGAAGACCAGCCAUGGGACUGUACGAAGAAUGGCUGCUCUUUGCUGCAUUGGUAAUUCAGAUAUUUGUGACGCAUUAAUUGCAUUGAAUUGGGAAUUCCUUAAUGAACUGGCCUACCAAGGACUGGUGUUAGUGUUGCUCAAACCCAUGCAAUCUCAGACUGGAUCUCGAAUUUAG